AGCAGUAAACAACGCGACUCCGUGUGAAGGCGACACGACGCAUGCAAAGCAAAUUAAACAUGGAUGAUCUUUUUCAAUUAAUUUUCGUUUCAUUAUUAAUUGGAUCAGCACAAGGUGCUUGUGAUAGAUCGGAUGGACCUUCAGGUUCAACUGCGUGUGUUCUGUUGACGCCGUACUACAACAAGUACCAAUGGGCAACAUGUCUGACAGAUACAUACAUUAAAGUAUUUUCAGAAGGAAAUCACAUGUGUAGAGAUUCAUUGACGAAAUACUGCUGGUAUCAAGUUAUGGCAAUUGGUUAUGUGAAGAUAUGGAUGAAAUUCCUUGAGACACGGCCAGUUUACGAUAACUGUACCUGCGGGCCAGACGCUCCGAAAAAAGUUACGACACAACGACCGGUCGUGACGUCAGCCAUUCCAGACUGGUGUUUUAGUCCGUCUGGUUCCGAUUGUAGUUGGUACAAGGAAUGUCUAGAGGCACGCUAUCCGUGCAAAGAACAAGGCGACUCGUAUGCUCUGGAUUAUGCAGGGAAAUUUUGCAAUUUAUACCAAGAUCAUUACCAAGAAUUUAACACCAUUGGACAAGAAUGGAUCGAUGCUGUAAGAAAAUGUCUACAAGUUAAGCUUGUACCCAUCCUUAGACCGUUUGUUGUGGCAACAUGUGAGAGCAUCAAACAAACAGCCUUUGAUUCUCAUUCUGGAUGCUAUCUUCAUCCGGAUUCUGGAAAGCCAUCCAUCUGUGAUAUUGGUGUGGGUAACUGGGCUCGUAUAUUUUGGACUGUAAAAGGCGCGCUAAUUCAAGACGCGACGGAAACCUUAAAACAGAUGUUGGAUGUUGUUUCGGCAUGUGGUACAGAUAUACUUUCACUUGGAAUGGAGAACAUACAAAUGAUAUUUCGACGAGAGAAGGAAAUGGUUCUGAGAAACCUUAAUAAAUUUGCGGAAAAUAUUGCAGACCAAAUGGCAAGCAAGAUGAAAUGGAAUACAAGAGGAAUAAGUUUUUUCGGGUACCCAACUCUGAUAACACCGAACCGUAACAAACGUGCUGCUGACAUCAACACUAACACAUUUUAUAUCAACAUACUGAUCGCUGCAAAAUCCGUAUUCGACCUUAACGCCGUCGAUAGUCCCAGAGCUAAUCUCUCAGCAGAGGCGAUAAGCGUGGCUACAUCCAUUGAAAACGGCGAUGUUCGCUUAGAUAUUGCACAGGGGAUAGAGUUUAAAGAAUUAAGUCUUUGCAUCGACUACAACUGUACCGACACUUCUCUACAGGUAGAACCAGCACCGCCAAAGAAGAAUGGAGUAAGCGCCUCAAAUGUGAAACCGUUCACCAUUGUUCUUACAAUUAUAGCGGCAAUGGCAGCAAGUGUUCUUGCUUUGCAUUUAAAAAUGCUACGACAUUGUCUACUUUCCUAAUUAUGGAAAACACACAU